AUGGCCCAGUCAGCAGAAAAGAGUAGAGAAGCUCAGGUUGAUCCAGCCAUACUGGCCAAUGUGGCCGAGACCAGGUGGGCCAAGGCCAAGUGUCUCCGGGUUCGCCUUUCCAGUGGACAUGAAGAGAGCUACUUUCUCAAGCACUACAACUUCAACAAGGACCAGCCGCCCGUCGAAGAACUCUGCAGGAUGAUGGCACGCCUGCACUCGAGAAGCGUGUCACCAAACGGCAUCUGGGAGGUUUUCUUCUCUCGGGGCCUCCGCCAUGUUCUGAAUCUCAGGGAUCAAAGGGCCACGCCCGACCCUGAUCCCGACGCCAUGCUGCCCGAGCUAUUCGACAGGGUGAUCCCAAGACUCUUGAGACCUCUCGAGACGGGAGGGAGGAAGAUCAAGCCUUGCCUCGUGCACGGCGGCCUCUGGUAUGGAAACGUCAGCGUAGAUGACGACACUGGCAGACCAAUCAUCUACGACCCAUCGGGGUUUUGGGGCCACCACGAAUAUGAGCUCGGCAAUUGGCGUUCCAGUCGCAACAAGCUCACAAAUUACAUGUCAACAUACUACAAGUACAUGGAGCCAUCGAAGCCCGUCGAAGACUUUGAUGGGAGAAACUUACUCUAUAGCCUUCGUUUCCACACGAACGCCUGUACGCAUUUCCCCGACGAGGAACAGAGGGUAAACAUGAUCAAAGAUGAUGUGCGGGAGUUGCUUCGUCGGUAUCCUCCGGGCUGCUUGCCGGCCGUGGAUGCUGGGAAUCAGCAACCCAGCGUCCCCCCCAAUCUGGCACAGAGUGAGAUUGCUUCUCAUGGAUAG